CUUCUCAGAGGCUGUUCCACAGUGAAAAUAUGCUCAGUGCAGCCGAGUGCAUGAAUGAAAAAGCCGCCCGUCUCUACUAGGCUGAGCAAAAUGCAACGCCACGCUCAACUUGCCGUCUCCUUCCUUCUGUCCCAGGUGCUGCUUCUUGCAUUUGCGGAAGACUUAGAAUGCAUCCCUGGAUUCCAGCAAAAGGUUUUUCAUAUCCAGCACCCGUCUGAAUUCACAGCGGACCAGCCAAUUCUGAAUGUGGUAUUUGAUGAUUGUCAAGGAAAUCACAAAUUGAACUUUCAAGUCUCAAACCCAGACUUCAAGGUGGAGCCCAGCGGGGUUUUAGUUGCACUGAGAAACUUGUCUGAAGCAGGACGAUCCUUAUACAUCCACGCCCGGUCAGCACAGGUCGAAGAUAUGGCGGAAGUAUUGAUUGCAGCCGGAAAAGAAAAACGCAGUUCUUUAAAGGAGAUCUUUAAAGCUGAAGGCAGCCUUGGAAAUGUAAGACAAAGACGGUCAAUUGUGGCCACCCCGAUUCUAAUUCCUGAGAACCAGAGACCUCCAUUUCCAAGACCUGUGGGCAAGGUUGUAGACAAUGACAGACCAGAGGGCUCAAAAUUCAGAAUUUCUGGGAAAGGAGUGGAACAGGAGCCAAAAGGUUUUUUCAAGAUCAGUGAGAAUACCGGAGAUGUCCUUGUGACACGGCCCCUCGACAGAGAAGUGACGGCCACCUACCAGCUGCAAGUGGAGAUCACCGACGCCAGCGGCAAAAGCAUAGAAGGCCCGGUCCCGCUCGACAUCAUCAUUAUUGACCAGAAUGACAACAGGCCCAUCUUCCGGGAAGGACCUUACAUCGGGCAUGUCAUGGAAGGGUCUCCAACAGGAAGUACUGUGAUGAGAGUGACGGCAUUUGAUGCCGAUGACCCCGGCACAGACAAUGCCCUGCUGCGAUAUAAUAUCCUUAAACAAACUCCAGACAAGCCUUCACCGAACAUGUUCUAUAUUGACCCAGAAAAAGGAGACAUCGUCACGGUGGUGUCACCAGCCAUGUUGGACCGAGAGACCAUGGAGAAUCCAAAAUACGAGCUCAUUAUAGAAGCCAAAGACAUGGGAGGCAUGGAUGUGGGAUUAACUGGCACGGCCACGGCAACCGUCGUCGUCGACGACAAGAACGACCAUCCGCCAGAGUUCACCAAAAAAGAGUUCCAAGCCACGGUGAAGGAAGGUACCACGGACGUGAUUGUGAAUUUGACGGUGGAAGAUCGGGACAACCCAGCGACAGGGGCCUGGAGAGCGGUUUACACCAUCAUCAACGGGAACCCGGGCCAGAGUUUUGAAAUUCAUACAAAUCCCAAGAAUAAUGAAGGGAUGUUGUCCGUUGUCAAGUCUUUGGAUUAUGAAAUUUCAGCUUUCCACACACUCCUGAUCAAGGUAGAAAAUGAAGAUCCAUUGGUUCCGGACGUUGCAUAUGGCGCCAGCUCCACAGCCACUGUUCAGAUCACCGUUCUGGAUGUAAACGAAGGCCCCAUUUUCCACCCAAAUCCAAUGACUGUUACCAAACAAGAGAACAUCCCGAUAGGCAGUGUUGUGUUCACUGUCAAUGCCACCGAUCCAGAUAAAUUGCAGCAUCAGACAAUCAGGUACUCUGUAGACAAAGAUCCAGCCAACUGGCUUGAAAUUAACCCUACAAAUGGCACCAUUGUCACCACGAAUAUCCUUGAUCGUGAAUCGUCAUAUGUCAUCAACAAUGUGUACACGGCGUCUUUUCUGGCAAUCGACAGUGGUAGCCCUCCAGCCACAGGUACUGGGACGCUGCAGAUCACCUUGGAGGACGUCAACGACAACGCCCCCAGCAUUUAUCCCAUGGUGGCCAUGGUCUGUGAAGAUCAGAAAGACGUGAAGGUCAUCCUCGGAGCCGUCGAUAAGGAUCUCCGCCCCAACACGGAGCCCUUCAAAUUCGAGCUGAGCAAACAGUCUGGUCAGGAGAAAGUAUGGAAAAUCACCAGAGUUAACAAUACCCACGCCCAGGUCAUCUUGCCUCAGAACUUGAAGAAGUCCCACUACAAUAUCCCCAUCUCAGUGACGGAUUCGGGGACGCCUCCUCUCACUAACAAUAUAGAACUAAAAAUGCAGGUGUGCUCCUGCACAAAAUACAGCAAACCGGACUGCAGCUCAUCCUCCACCCUUCACGUCAGCAUGGCCCUAAUCUUCAUUUCGCUCUUCAGUUUAUACAGUAAGUUGUUCCCUCCUCCUCCCCCCCCCCUAUUUGGCUUUAUGUUUUAA